UGUGAACUAUGGAGCAAAGCACAGGCAGACAUUACUUGCACAUCCCACCAUUUCCAUUAUCAUUCUCUUAUUAUAAGUAACAUCUUCUUUUCUCUCUCUCUCUCUCUCUCUCUCUCUCUCUCUCCAUUAUGUGGAACUCUUUUGGAACUUGCUUGACUCCUCUCCACAGGAGGGCUAGAACCUUCUUUCAACAGCUGAGUGACAUACACAAAAUGAGUGGAUGCAAGAAAAGAAAAAAACCCAAUAGAUUUGCUUCCAAGUUUGACUACUCACCCUCUUCUUUUGCUUCCAUGGAAGUGUCUAAUCAAUUCAAACAAGUUUUCAAGAUCAUUGACACUAAUGGGGAUGGCAAGAUAUCAACCUUUGAGCUCAGUGAAGUCCUUCUCUGCCUUGGUUAUGAGAAAUCAGCAGCCUUCAAGGAAGCUGAAGGAAUUGUGAAAGACAUGGAUUGUAACGGGGAUGGGCUCAUUGACUUGGACGAGUUCAUGGAUGUCAUAGACACUAGUAGAAAGCCAAUGGUCGAGGAAGAGGAAGAUUAUCUCAUGGAUGCUUUUCUCAUCUUUGAUAUUGAUAAGAACGGUCUGAUCUCACCAAAAGAAUUGCAGCAAGUUCUUGUCAACCUUGGAUAUGAUAAAUGCAGUCUUGAAGAGUGUAGGCGUAUGAUCAAAGGGGUUGAUAAGGAUGGAGAUGGCUUUGUGGAUUUUGAAGAUUUCCAAUCCAUGAUGAAAGGAAGCGCAUAUUAAAGAUUAGGUAAUUAGAGUUAUUCUUAAUCUCAAGCAAUUGAAUUAUUGAACUUAUCAAAUGUGUAUCUUUUAUCUCAUUAUUCAGUCCUAUCUAGCUAAAACUAUUGUGAUCCGUUUUGAUUGAGAGGGAGAGAGAGGGAAUAGAGUAAAGAAGAGUAGAAAUAACCCAAAAUUAGUCUAUUUUUAGCUAACUCUACUCUACUCCUCCCCACUCCCCUCUCCACCUUUAAUCCAAAAGGCUCUUAGAGCUGAAGCUUGAUGAUAAGAGUAGUAUUGUAUAGAGUUGGCAAAUAAUUUCAAGGGAAUUUUCAUAAGGGAAACAAUCUUUUCCAUGUUUCGGAAUGGAUGUACUGUGCAUCACGUUUUGGACAUUUCUGGAUGCCUUUUUUACAAAGGAAUCACGGGUUCCCUCUA